AGCCGACCAAGCAAUUUUGUAGUCCGAACACAGAGACAGAAAUGAAACCUAAAGCCCUUGACCCUCUCAUCGUCCCCUCUCCUUUGUAAUCUCUAUUUUCUCUCUAGUGUCCUCUUUUUUCUGUGUCUGCGCCUCUGAAAGAUUACUUCCAAACAUAUAGUAUUAGGAAUUGAUUUGGAAAAUAGGAAAAAGAAAAAAUGUUGCCCACUGAAUUGUCUCGGGAGGAAAAUGUGUAUUUGGCCAAGUUGGCUGAGCAGGCUGAGAGGUAUGAAGAAAUGGUAGAGUUCAUGGAGAAAGUUGCAAAGUCCGUGGAUGACGAAGAACUUACUGUGGAGGAAAGGAACCUUCUUUCUGUUGCAUACAAGAAUGUCAUUGGAGCUAGAAGGGCUUCUUGGCGAAUUAUCUCUUCCAUUGAGCAGAAGGAAGGUAGUCGAGGUAAUGAAGAUCGUGUGGCGGUUAUUAAGGAUUAUAGAGGUCAAAUUGAAACAGAGCUGAGCAAGAUAUGUGAUGGGAUUCUAAGCCUUCUUGACGUCCAUCUCAUUCCAUCAGCUACAGCUGCAGAGUCCAGGGUGUUUUAUUUGAAGAUGAAUGGUGAUUACCACAGGUAUUUGGCUGAAUUCAAGACUGGUACCGAGAGGAAGGAAGCGGCUGAGAACACUUUGUCGGCUUACAAGUCUGCUCAGGAUAUUGCUGUUGCUGAAUUGGCCCCUACUCACCCAAUAAGGCUGGGACUUGCAUUGAAUUUUUCUGUGUUCUACUAUGAGAUUUUGAGCUCACCAGAUCGUGCUUGCACUCUUGCAAAGCAGGCUUUUGAUGAGGCUAUUUCAGAGCUGGAUUCUUUGGGUGAGGAAUCCUACAAGGAUAGCACACUGAUCAUGCAGCUUCUCCGGGACAAUUUGACAUUGUGGACCUCUGACACUCCGGAGGAUGCUGGUGAUGAGAUUAAGGAAGCUUCCAAGCACGAAAUGGGCAAUGGACUGUAGUGACUGAAUCAUUGUAAACUUGGGUUAAACACAUAGUAUGCUUAUGACAGAUUCAAUAUGUGUUUGCCACUUUUUAAGUAGCUUUUGGUUUGUGUGACAUUUUAUUCUUGUUGAUGUUGCUCUUAUAUUCUGGAUCUUAUUCCGUUUCUCUGAGGCAUACGAUAAUUUAUGGGCCUCCUUCCCCUUAUUAUCCUCCUCCUCAGAACUACUUUUAUUGGUUGUUCUAUUCUUUUUGCUUGCAAUGGUGAUUCCCCAUUGGCUGGUGCAAUGAAUGAGAAACAGUAGCUAUGCUACAUGCUGCGGUAAUCGAC